AUGGCUAUCACAGCCGCCGCCGCCGCCGCCGCCGUCGCUAGCAUGACGCGGCACCGGUUCGUCAGCGCCCUGAAUAAAACUCUGAAGGUAGGCUUGGUGUUUUGUGACGGCCAGUGUCCGUUAAAUGGGCCAGGAAGGAACAUCAGGCACACCUGGUGGCUUCCUGACUGAGCCAAACUGGACGCUGUUCGCGAAUCUGCUUGGGAAUAUGCUAAGUCAUUUGACCCAAGUAAUUAAUUUUCCAGGACCAAGAAAGAAGGAUGAUGCACAUGGGUGAGCUCCGAGGAGGCAACCUUGUUAGGGAAGGCCUAGGCCGUUUAUGGGCAUCGACAUUAGUUAAGCCACUGUGGUAACUCACCGGAUAGCCUUAUUCAAAUAAAGGUUACAAAUCGGCUUGCUGAGCACCCAGAAGGAUGAGGUUUGGAGAGUGGUCAUAUAUAUACAUAUAUAUGUACGGUGUGUUGAUGGAACAUUUGUCAUCACCAGUGGAUGUGAGAUCGCGAAAUCCACCCAGUAGCUGGAAUCGGUCUCUCCAGACACCCAGCCCACGAUGAAAGAUGAAAGACUGUUGACUGCCAUUUUUAAAAGUACUUGGCUGCAAGAAAAGCAAUGAGAAAGCCAAAACAACUGUUUACAGGAAGGCCAUCUGGACUCCCCCCUACCCCUAUAUCACCACACACCAUAACCAAGACCCCCGACACCAACUCGAUUCUUCUGCACAGCCUCCUCUUUUUUCACCAUAUCAUCUUGGAGUGCAUACCACUUCAAUUACAUGAGAGGAUCGUUUACCGACGUGUAAACGGUACGGAAUAUACUCGUUCCGUUGUGCCUUGGAGUCAAACUAGAGUCCUCGAGGGCAGUCGUUUAGUGACCAGUAGUAAAGUAGAAUAGAUACCAACAAAGGCAAAGGAGACCGAAACGACCACUUCUGGUUUAUCUGCCUUUGUCAUCUAGCAAUACCUCAACAUCAGACUCGGAUAACCCGCAACCAUAUCAGUGGGUAACCAUUCUAAAGCCACUUAGUAUUUCUAUCAAAACCGGUAGUCAUAGAUGGAAUUGGAAAAGCGACUAAGCACGUAUUUUAUUUCUGUGUUAUCAAUUAAGUUAUUCCCCCUACUGUCCUUUAGAAAGGUAACGGAGUCCCGAUCUCAUGUCACCUAGUCCACAAAACCGGAAUAUUUAAGGGUCACAGGGAGUUUUAUUGAUUAGCAUGGGCUCAAGGACGACGCGGCCUGUUUAAUGCAUUUACCGGCACUUUUGCCAGUUCUUAACAUUAGACAGAUGUUCGGAUCGUGAACAUGUGGCGUACUUUUGACAAAGUCGCUUUUCCCUCUUGAGAUUUCCCUUUAUUUCAGAAGUUUCUGACUGAGAUCGAGGGACGUGCCAUCACUACAAACGUGGACAACUGUUCUCUACAGAAUAAUGGAAAGUAAUCAAUGUUCGAAUCAGACCAGAGUGUCCUUUUUCAAUUCAUCUCGCUCCCACAACUCCCAUUAAUCACGGAAACAGCUCAUAUUCAUAUACUUGCUUCUUCUGCCGUUCAAGUUUCCGUUAAGGAGAAGUAACUACAUUCCAUAACAGGUCACUAGUGCCAUAGUGGCCAAUGCGACAAAGAGUCAUGUGGGGACAUAAAAAGAGAAUGUUACUUUCAUAUAUGAUAGAGAUGAGGUCAGGACGGUUGAACUGAUGGCCACCUCGGAAUCUCGUGUCCACCUUUAUAUGUUGGGUGAGAAACGCGUCAAGAACCAGCUGGAGGAGUUUGGCCCGAUUUUUGCUUUCAAAAACAAACUUCAUUGACUAAGGUAGUGCGGCCUCUGUGCUUUUUGUGACUAAUGGAGCUUGCUGCGUCUGCGCCUGCCAAUGGUUUUCUCCAAGUAUUUGUUUCCACACGAUUUGCAUGUGGCGGUAUCGGUUUUACUUGACUUUCUGAGUUUUGCCUAAGCACACACUCCUUAUUGUUGCCCUUUACUGAAGCACCACAGGCGCCCUGCGUAGACCUCAUAAGGAUGUUUGCUUUUCUCCGUGCGCACAGUGUCUGCGACCUCCAUUGUUGCCUAUUUUGUGUAAACUUAUGACCGUGCCUUUCUCCUUUUGUUUAGUCUUAUAGUUGUUUGCCGUCUCCUCUGGACACUGGUGCAUUGGUCGCUCGAUGUUUUAUAACCUCUGUGUGGAAUUUUUUCUCAUCAAACGUUAAACUCACAAUCGCAACUACGUUAUGUAUGCUGAAAUUGAUGAAAAGCACAGGGAAACCGAGAUUUUGAAGAACUCGUGGGCAUUUUCUUGCGCCGAGGUUCUUAUUUUCUUCCGACCCGUCCCCUGCGCAGACUAUUUUUUCAGUACCAAAGAUGAGGCAGGUGACUCGAGGUUCUCUCAGGCUGACAAUACAGUCGGCGAAUUUUAUGCAUUGUACUCAGCAUUAGGAACAUAGAGACGACUUUCCCCAACUCAGUUCCAUACCCGAGAUCAACAGAUCAUAUGACAUUAUAGAACAGUUGGCUUGCUUAUUCCAUCGAGCAGCUGCACAUGGGGCGUUGAGGGGGCGAGCCGACUUAUUGUAACCUCGGAGGCCUUAGCUUCAAGUUUGGGUUCCAUCAAACUGUGCAAUUUAGCGCAAUUUGUGGACAUGGCGUCCUGCGGCUGGAAACCGGACAUCGCACCGCUCCUCCACCCAAUCUUCGGAUGAAGACGUUGACGACAACAUGAUUUUGCGUCUCCUCACUGUCGAGUCGUCUGUGGGUAAGCCCUCGCUUCGUAUUCCCUUUGUCGUACUCUGCUGUUUGUGGCCGGGCCAGACUGCAAAUGAAAGAACCCGUCACGCGUCUCUUCAUCACUGCUGUGCCUAGCGGCUUUAUCCCGCUAACCACCUCUACCGGCGGGAUAAACCAGGUGAGGGUUUUAGUGUUUGCAUCUCCACACACGGUAGCUCGGCUCCGCUCGCACCACCGCUGGCGGGAUGGAUCAACGUCUCCGCGUGUUUGAAAUGAGGCUCUGUCUGCAACCCCGCAGAAGGCCACAAGCACUCAACAAGCUACUGACCCAGGGACUGGAAUACCGCCCCCUUUCUUCUUCUUCGCACCUAUUCUUUGCCUUCCUCCUCCGCCCCUCACUAUCUCUACGUCCGCUCCACUCUUCUUUCUUGCCCCACGGUCGAAAGUCCAGUAGAUCGUCGCAUCGCCACCUCCAAGAACGGACUUCGUCUGCAAACCCGAGGGAGGCCACAAGUUAAGUGACCACCCAUCUACCACUGAAUAUUGCUUUGUUGCCUUUGAUUUCUGCUUGCUCUUGCUUGCUUGCCUUUGUCUGCUUUUCUAGGUGUGUCCUUGUUGUAAGAUAAAUACCGUUCUGUUGAAUUUGGUUGCUCACCGUUUACAUUUCAGCAACUAGGUAGAUUAGCGAGGAACGGGAAACUCUGCUUUCCGUCCUUCUACUCUUCCCUCAUCCUCCUCCCCUCUCCCCACACCCACAAGUCCUACGAUGAGAGCGACAGCGAUCACGUAGGCGACGCAGGCUAACUCGGGUCUUUCUCCCAGUAAACAAAGUCGUGGUCCACAGUGGGGUCCGGCAGCUGUCUGGGACAAUUGAGCAGCCCUAUUCAGGGACAGCACUGCUCACCCCGCGAGGGGAUCGGGACUAUAAAUGCCGACAUCACAUCCUCUGCGCGCUGACCGUCGCUCACCUCCUCAUCCUACCUCUUUUUCCUCUUCCUCUGCCUACUCUUCUGCCUAUUCUUCUCCUCCGUCAUCUUCUUCUCCACCUCCUUUUCGUCGCCCCACUCGUCGUCACCAGACUGGCAGGGUGAGUCCGCUCACUUUGGCAGCCUGGAAUGUUCGCUCCCUUCUAGACAAUCUCAGGAGCAACCGACCGGAACCAAGGACGGCGAUAAUGGUUCGGGAACUAGCGCGCCACAAGAUGGAAAUCGCUGCACUAAGCGAGACUGUCUGCAGCCAGGUAUCAACAAUCGCCUUAUGAGACUCCGUCUGGGAGGCAAAUUCAUCACCAUCCUCAGCGUCUACGUCCCCCCGAUGACCACCCCUGACGCGGAGAGGAACUAAUCCUACGAGGACCUGCACGCCCUCCUAGUGAGUGCGUCGCAGGCGAAGAAGUUGAUUGUCCCUGGUGACUUCAACGUCCGCGUCGGCAUAGAACAUGCUGUCUUGAGAUGAGUGCUGAGUCUCCAUGGUCUUGACGGCUCCAAUGACAAUGGCCUGCACCUCCUACGAACCUGCGCAGAACAUCGCCUCAUCCUGACCAAAACCUUCUUCCGCAUCCCGACGCAAGAGAAGGCCAUCUGGAUUCACUCUCAAUCGCGACACUGGAACCUGCUGGACUACGAUCUCGUCCGGAGGCCAGACCAGCAGGACAUGCUGAUGAAGGCGAGAUCAGCGGAACGUGCUGGUGGCAAAGGUGACCCUGGAUGCCGACUAUUGGCCCGACAAUCGCCUCUUCAUCUCCAAGAUGCGGACUCGCCUACAGCCUCGCAGGACACCUGAAGGUGAGCAAUCCCCAGGUGAGCUGAAUGUUGCCUUGUUGUCUUUGCUUGCUCACCGUCUCCGUUUCAGCAACGAGCCAGCUCAACGGCUAGCCAGCCUUCCAGCCGCAGUUGACGCUGCCGCCACUGAGGAGAACGUCUCCGUGGAGAACCAGUGGUAUCAACUGAGGUACACAGUCCAGUCGACGGCUCUUGCUGUCCUCGUUCGCACACGUCGCAAACAUCAGGACUGCUUCGAUGACAACGACGCCGUCAUCAGCAACCUGCUCGCCGAGAAGAAUAAUCUGCAGAAAGCCUACGUCAGUAGCCUCCCCGACGGAAAAAAAGCAGCCUUCUACCGUAGUCGACGCCUUGUUCAACAGCGACUAGGGGAGAUGCAGGAAGCCUAG